AUGUUUGCUUCGAGAGCUUCAGUCUUGUCAAGGUGCUGUAGGGGAAUGAGGGCACCUCGGAGUCGCUAUUUUCAUGACCUGCCUAGCUCUUCUCAGAGCAAAUUUCUGAAGGUAUCAGAAGAGGUUCGCGAUGCUGUUGCAACGGGCAAGCCGGUUGUCGCGUUAGAAACGACCAUUUAUACUCAUGGCUUCCCGUAUCCGGACAACAUCGCUUUGGCAUCGCUGUUAGAGUCUGUCGUUCGAGCCAACGGUGGAGUUCCAGCAACUAUAGGUGUGCUCGGAGGUAUCGCCCGUGUUGGCAUGAGUGCAGAAGAAAUCAUGGAACUUGCCUCUACAGCCGAGAAGAAGACUGCAUUGAAGGUCUCCAGGAGAGACCUGGGCUACAUCUGUGGCAUGGGCCUUGCAGGAAAGCCAAUUCAUGGUGGUACCACAAUCUCCGGCACCAUGAUUCUAUCCCAGCUUGCUGGUAUCAAGAUCUUUGGAACAGGCGGACUAGGUGGUGUUCACCGUGGCGGUGAAUAUUCCAUGGACAUUUCUGCUGACCUGACUGAGCUGGGACGGACCCCAGUAACGGUCAUCAGUUCUGGGUGUAAGAGCUUUUUGGAUAUUCCCCGCACACUUGAGUAUCUCGAGACUGAGGGUGUCUGUGUGGGUACCUUUGCCGAUGGACGUGAGGGCUCCGUCGAUUUCCCGGCUUUCUUCACUCGGGACAGCGGAUUCCGCAGCCCACGCGUUAUCCAGAAUGAAGCUGAAGCUGCUGCGAUAGUUUACGCGCAAUCCAAGCUUCCCGUCACCUCUGGAAUUCACUUUGCCAACCCCGUUCCAUUAGAGGCCUCUGUUCCCAAGCCCGAGAUGGAUGCAAUAAUUGAAGAAGCUGUUCGCCUUGCAGAUGUGGAGGGCUAUCAUGGUAGUGAUAACACUCCAUUUGUUCUCGCGAAGAUUAAAGAAUUGAGCGGCGGGAAGAGUGUGAUUGCUAACCGUGCUCUUAUUGAAUCCAAUGUCGAACGUGCGACUCGUGUUGCCGUGGAACUAGCUAAACUUGAGGAACUUGACCGCGGAGGCGCAGCUCAACACAUGCCUGCAUUCCCGAAUUUUUCUCGGUCAGAUCAAUAUCCUCCCACGCAGCCUAAUCCUGAGCCCGUCCCAGAAUCUCCUAAGGAGCCUAAGGAGGUCUUUUCUGAGGCAGAAAAUGCAGAUGUUGUGGUUGCUGGCUCCCUUGCUAUCGAUCUGUCCUGUGACUACACGCCAUUCAGUGAUGAAAGCGUCCAGGUGACGCCUGUACCACACACUUCCAACCCCGCUGUCAUCGGGCAGAGCCUCGGAGGUGUCGGCCAUAAUGUCGCACUCGCAGCCAGCUAUGUCGGGAGUGAUGUACUCUUCUGCAGCGUUGUAGCAGACGACCUCAGCGGUCGAGCAGCACUCGCAUCACUCGAGACUGAAGGUCUUAGCACUGCAGGUAUUCAAGUUCUUCCACCAACAUCUGGUACUCGCACGGCGCAGUACAUUGCCAUCAACGACGCCAAAAAAGAUCUCCUCGUUGCAAUGGCCGACAUGGGCAUCGUAGAGCUACCGGAGAAGCAGCUCGACUUCGAUGGCUUCUGGGAGCCUUUACUUCAGAAAACGAAACCGAAGUGGGUCGUUGUCGACGCGAAUUGGCGCCCAGAGGUCCUAGCUAAAUGGACUACUCUUGCCAAAAGUCACGGUGCUCGCGUCGCUUUUGAGCCUGUCUCUACCGCUAAAUCUCGUCGCCUCUUUGCCCAUGAUGGCGUCAGCCCGGUCAUCGGACCUGCACAAACCGUCCCCAACCACGCUAUUAGCCUUGCCUGUCCCAAUCGUCUCGAGUUAGCUGCUAUGUACACAGCUGCCCGUGAAGCCCUGGUAUUCGAUUCUCCGGGUUGGUGGGGCGUUAUUGAUGCCAUGGGCAUGUCGCAGAGCGGAUCCCGAGAACGGCUAGUCUACCUCACCUCAGCCGCCCUUGUCGAUGAAGGUCUUCCCCAGCAAUCAAUCCAACUCCUUCCAUUUAUCCCCUGUAUUGUCACAAAGCUGGGCGAGGCUGGUGCACUUUUGACGCAGCUUUUGCCUCCUGGUGAUUCUCGUCUUACGGACCCUGAUUAUGCGCCGUAUAUCAUUGCCCGCGCAUCAGCAUCUCCGGAUGUCUCCUUCGGUGGAGUGUAUAUGCGUCUUUUCCCACCAGCUGCUAAAAUAUCCCCUGAGAAUGUUGUUAGCGUCAACGGCGCCGGGGAUACCUUGUUAGGUGUUUUGGUGGCUGGUUUGGCAAAGAAGGAUUCCGCUAUGCGUAUCGAGGAUAUCCUGUCGGUGGCACAGGAGGCUAGUCGGCGAACCCUUGCAAAUGCUGGGGGUGUAAGUAAAGAACUAGUGGGCUUGCGGGGCUCCCUGGGAUUAUGA